AUGAUAAUAACUGCAAAGUUAGUGUCAAUUGGCUUGGGCUUGGCCCUGACAGCUUUCACCGUUUCGACAAUUGUUUUGGCUGUGCAAAAAACAAAUUUGAAAAAUGAUUUGGAUGAGGCCAAGGAGAAAUUGCAAAUGUUGGAGGAGGCCCUUAAGACCACCACUACAACUACGACAACAACGACCACCACCACAACAACACAAUCACCACCACCCACAAAUCCUUUGCCCACUACCAGCCCCACACCAGAGCCCACAACGACUCCAGCUCCACAACCGAUAAACUAUCGUUUGCCCGGAAAUUUGAUACCAAUAAACUAUGAUCUGUAUUUGCAUCCUGAUGUUAAUACCGGUAAUUUCUCAGGUCAAGUAGAAAUUUCCGUUAAUUGUCUGGAGACAACAAAUACCAUUAUUUUGCACUCACUGUAUAUGACCAUCAAUAAUGUGUAUGUGAAAAGUAUUGGUAGCAGUACCAAUUAUGUGAAGAACUUUUAUUUGGAUACAGUGCGUGAAUUUUUGGUUAUCGAAAUGGCUGAGGAUAUUGUGGCACCACGCACCUUCUAUUUGGGUAUUAUUUUCGAAGGUAAUAUGGAUGCUAAAAUUAUUGGUCUGUAUUCUUCAUCGUACACCAAGGCUGAUAACACAAAGAAAUGGAUUGCCACCUCGAAGUUUGAACCCACAUAUGCCCGUCAGGCAUUCCCCUGUUUUGAUGAGCCCGGUAUGAAGGCUACCUUUGACAUUGUUUUGGUCUAUCCCAAUGAUGGUGGUUAUCAUGCCCUCUCCAAUAUGGAUAUUUUGAAAGAAGUUAACCAAGAUACCCACACCGAAGUCUACUUCAGACAAAGUGUACCCAUGAGCACAUACUUGUCCUGUUUCAUUAUCUCGGAUUUCCUAAGCAAGGGUGUCACCGUCGAUACCAAGGGCAUUGGUGAACCAUUCCAAAUGAGUGUCUAUGCCACGCCCGAACAAAUUGAUAAAGUCGAUUUUGCCGUCGAGGUUGGCAAGGGUGUCAUCGAAUACUAUGUCCAAUAUUUCCAAAUACCAUAUCCAUUGCCUAAGUUGGACAUGGCUGCCAUUCCUGAUUUCGUUUCCGGAGCUAUGGAACAUUGGGGUUUGGUUACCUAUCGUGAAACUUCUUUGCUCUAUGACGAAAAAGUUAGCUCCACUGCCAAUAAGCAACGUAUUGCCAGUGUAAUUGCCCAUGAAUUUGCUCACAUGUGGUUCGGUAACUUGGUAACCAUGGCGUGGUGGAAUGAUUUGUGGCUAAAUGAAGGUUUCGCCAGCUACAUUGAGAAUAAGGGUGUUGAGGCAGUGUUCCCCGAAUGGAAAUUGAGCGAUCAAUUCAUCAUUGGUACCCUGCACGGAGUUCUCAGCUUGGAUGCCACCUUGGGUUCUCACCCCAUCAUUCAAACUGUUGAAAAUCCCGACCAAAUUACUGAAAUUUUCGAUACCAUUACCUAUUCGAAGGGUUCAUCGAUUAUUCGUAUGUUGGAAGACUUUAUGGGUUCGGAAAAUUUCGAACAUGGUGUCACCAAUUAUUUGAAUGAAUUCAAAUAUAAAAAUGCCGUUACCGAUGAUUUCUUCACUGUUCUGAAUCAAUUGAAUUUGGGCAUUGAUGUUAAGGCUAUUAUGCGCACCUGGACCGAACAAAUGGGUUUCCCUGUGGUGGAAGUUGAACAGGUUACUGCCACCCAAUACAAGUUGACCCAGAAACGUUUCUUCUCCAAUCCUGAUGAUUAUAAGGGUGAAUAUAAUGAUUCACCAUUUGGCUACAAAUGGUCCAUACCAAUUACCUACAAGACCAGUGCAAGUUCUGAGAUCCAACGUGAAUGGUUUUACCAUGACCAAAAUGCCGUCAUCAUCAAUGUGGCCAGUCCCGUGGAAUGGAUUAAAUUCAACUACGACCAGGUUGGCUAUUAUCGCGUUAAUUACCCCAUUAGUAUGUGGGAAAAUUUGGCCAAUAAAUUGGUGCAGAAUCCAAAUAUCUUCUCUGUCGGUGAUCGUGCUUCCCUUUUGAAUGACGCCUUCUCAUUGGCCGAUUCCACACAAUUGGCUUACGAUUUGGCCUUGGAUAUGACCAAAUAUUUGGGCAAAGAAGAUCAAUAUGUACCCUGGAGUGUAGCUUCAUCCAAGUUGACAUCUCUCAAACGUUCACUUAUGUACACCGAUGCCUAUGUAGACUACAUUGCCUAUGCUCGUGAUUUAAUCGCCCCCAUCUACGAACAAGUUGGUUGGACCGUGGGUCAAGAUCAUUUGCAAAAUCGUUUGCGUGUCACCAUUUUGAAUGCUGCCUGUUCCUUGGGCUUGCCUGCCUGUCUGAAUCAAGCUUCCGUUGAAUUCGAUAAAUGGUUGGCCGAUCCCAGUGUUCGCCCACAUCCCGAUGUACGUGAAACUAUCUACUACUAUGGCAUGUUGAAUUCUGGCAAUGAGGAAAGCUGGAAUAAAAUGUGGGAAUUGUUUGUAUCGGAAGCUGAUGCCAGCGAAAAGUCCAAAUUGAUGUAUGGUCUAUCUGCUGUGCAGGAACCAUGGAUUUUGAGCCGCUACGUCCAAUUGGCCUGGAACGAUCAAUAUGUUCGCGGUCAAGAUUACUUCACCUGCCUACAAAACAUUGCAGCCAAUCCCAUCGGUGAACCCAUUGUCUGGGAAUAUGUUCGUGAAAACUGGCCAAAAUUGGUCGAUCGUUUCGGUUUGAAUGAACGUUACAUGGGCAAUAUGAUCCCCUCGAUCACAUCGCGUUUCAGCACCCAAACCAAAUACGAAGAAAUGCAAUACUUCUUUGCCAAAUAUCCUGAAGCUGGUGCCGGCACAGCUGCCCGUGUCCGUGCCUUGGAAACGGUUAAAAAUAAUAUUGCUUGGUUGGAGAACAAUUUGGAAUUGGUUCGCAACUGGUUGUUGAAACAAUUUCGAAAUGGUCUGUUGAACGGACCGGUCGGUAGUAGUUUUACGAAAAUGCUCGGAAGCAAUAAAAGUGUUCGUUGGUUGCUGUUGUGGGCGGUAACUGUCUUCUCAGUGUCCACUGUUGUUUUGGGUUUUCAACAUGCCCGCCUGAAUGCCAAUGUAAAGGAUGCCCGCGAAAAAUUGGAUUAUAUGGAAUCGUUGUUAGAGGGUGAGGCAAAGCCACGAAGUGCCCGCUCCUUGGCCGAUGAUGAAAAUGAGAUCAACUACCGUUUACCCUCCGCCCUGAAACCCACCCAUUAUGAUCUAUAUUUAAAUCCUAAAUUGGAAGGUGGUGACUUUACUGGUAAAGUUGUCAUUUCCAUUGAUGUCCUGGAGGAUACCCAACAAAUUAUUAUGCAUUCGCAUAAAUUGAAUAUUAUACGAAUUUAUAUACAAGGCUCAAAUGGUGCUUGGUCCAGCAGCAUUAGUGUGGUCGAUUAUGAAUUGGAUACUGUUCGAGAAUUUUUGAUAAUCAAUAUGAGUGAAAAGUUGAUUGCUGGUGGUAAAAUAUCAUUGGGUAUUGAAUUCGAAGGUGUAAUGUUUGGUAAAAUUGUUGGCUUGUACAGCAGUAAAUAUACCACACCCGAUAACGAAAUAAGAACGAUUGCCACAUCGAAAUUCGAACCCACUUAUGCCCGCCAGGCUUUCCCCUGUUUCGAUGAACCCAAUAUGAAGGCAACAUUUACAAUUACUUUGGUUCGACCAACCGGUGAUGGUUACCAUGCCCUGUCAAACAUGAACGAAGAGAGUUCUACAUUCUUGGAUGAUGUCACCGAAGUACAUUUUGCCAAAAGUGUUGAGAUGAGUACCUAUUUGGCAUGCUUCUUGGUCUCCGAUUUUGCUCACACCACCCGUCCCGUUAAAGCUGAACUAGGUGACGAUUUUGAGAUUCGAAUUUUUGCCACCAAACAUCAGCUGGAUAAGACGACAUUUGCUGCCGAUACCGCAGCCGCUGUUACAGAAUUUUUCAUCAAGUACUAUCAAGUGGAAUAUCCUUUGCCAAAAUUAGACAUGGCUGCCAUUCCCGAUUUUGCCUCCAACGCCAUGGAACAUUGGGGUUUGUUAACCUAUCGUGAAACGGCAUUGUUAUAUGAUCGUAGCUACAGUUCGACAUGGAAUAAGCAACGUAUCGCUACCGUGGUUGCUCAUGAAUUGGCUCAUAUGUGGUUUGGCAAUUUGGUGACAAUGGACUGGUGGAAUGAUUUGUGGCUAAAUGAAGGUUUUGCCCGUUUCAUGCAAUACAAGGCCAUCGAUCAGGUCUACACUGAUUGGGGAAUGGAAGAUCAAUUUAUAAUACACGCUUUACAUAAGGUUAUGACCUUCGAUUCAAAUGUCGCCUCUCAUCCCAUUAUUCAAAAAGUAGAAACUCCCGAUCAAAUUACGGAGAUUUUCGAUACCAUUAGUUAUGAAAAGGGUGCUUCGGUUAUCCGUAUGUUGGAGGACAUUGUCGGUGUUGAGAAAUUCGAACAGGCCGUUACCUCGUAUUUGACUAAAUAUAAAUACCAAAAUGCAGUAACGGAUUAUUUUAUUGCCGAGGUGGCAAAUACCGAUCCUGGUUUUGAUGUGCAAUUAAUGAUGCGCACUUGGACCGAACAAAUGGGCCUGCCAGUCAUCAAUGUUAAGCGUGUCUCUCCAACAACUUUUGAAGUGACCCAAAAACGUUAUUUUGCCAACAUCGAAGAUUACGAGGAUGAAUAUGAUGAUUCAGAAUUCAACUACAAAUGGACCAUCCCCCUCACGUAUAUCACCGACAAUGAUGCAACGGUUAAACGUAAAUGGUUCGGAUAUGAUGAAUCCUCCGUUACGGUGGCAGUACCCAUCGAAACUAAAUGGUUGAAAUUCAAUGCACAUCAAAUCGGUUAUUAUCGUGUCAACUAUGAAGAGGAAAUGUGGCAGGAGAUUAUUGCCGAUCUUGUAGCUACACCCAAUAAAUUCGCCAUUGCUGACCGUGCUCAUUUGUUAAAUGAUAUUUUCGCCUUGGCUGAUGCCAGUCAAAUUUCCUAUACCAUUGCCCUCGAUAUGACUACAUAUUUGGCAAAGGAAUCUGAAUAUGUGCCAUGGUUUGUGGCAGCCACAAAAUUGCAGGAUUUGCAAAGGACCCUGAUGCAUACCGAAAUCUAUAUGGAAUAUUUGAAAUAUGCUCGUAGUCUGGUGUUAAAGGCAUACACUGAGGUAACAUGGAAUGUGGAUACCGAUAAUCAUUUGAAGAACCAUUUACGUGUCAGCAUCAUUACUGCCGCCUGUUCCUUGGGCUUGCCCGAAUGUUUGAAUGAGGCUUCCACACGUUUCACCGCCUUCUUGGCAAAUCCCAACAACAAACCCGAUCCAGAUCUACGUGAAAUUGUCUACUAUUAUGGCAUGCAGAGAAUUGGCAAACAACAGCAAUGGGAACAAUUGUGGGAUAUCUUUGUGGCCGAAUCUGAUGCCAGCGAAAAAUUGAAAUUGAUGUAUGGUCUAUCGGCCAUUAGGGAACCCUGGAUUUUGAGAAGAUUCAUUGAUUUGGCCGAAACUGAAGAUUACAUUCGCAGCCAAGAUUGGGUAACCUGCAUUCAAAACAUUGCCGCCAAUCCUGUUGGUGAGCCUGUGGUCUGGGACUAUGUCCGCGAGAGUUGGCCAAAAUUGGUCGAUCGUUUCGGUUUGAAUGAUCGUUAUUUGGGCCGCAUGAUUCCCACAAUUACCGCAGGAUUUUCAAAUCAAGUCAAAUACGAAGAAAUGGAGGAGUUCUUUAAGAAAUAUCCCGAAGCUGGCGCUGGUACUACAUCGCGUAAGCAGGCCUUGGAAACGAUUAAAUACAAUAUUAACUGGUUGAAGAGCAAUUUGGUGGAGGUUGCCAAUUGGUUGAAGGAACAUUAG